CUACAGGAGCAGUAGCAUCUACAGGAGCAGUAGCAUCUACAGGAGCAGUAGCAUCUACAGGAGCAGUAGCAUCUACAGGAGCAGUAGCCAACGGUCGAGUGACUUAG